AUGUUUGAAGGUAAUUUUUACCACUGGUCUCUCGGUUGGUCUGGAGCAGGUAACAACUACGACAACUGUCCUGAUGGUGUGCUUAUUGACGGGAAAAUUCUGCGAAACUGUGGAGAGUGCAGCUCCAUGUCAACCGCCCGGGAGGAGUGCAGCUUCAUGUCAACCGCUCCGGACAAUGUAGAUGACGCCUGUUCAAUCUCACUCAAAGGCUAUUGCGCAAUCGAUCUUGGUAAUUACACAGGCACAUGCGUUUCGGAUCUCGAAGUCUGCAAGGCAGGUGGCUUUACUUGGUCACUGUGGCUCAGUUUAUACCCAAUGAGUUUUUACCCACUACAUUUUCACAGGCGCGUGCUCAUCAACGCAGGGAACAACAACGAACACAUGUCAGGUUUCUUGCUGUGGAUCUAUGCGGAUAAUUUGGUGUGCUCUGCUUUCUACAACAACACAUUGGUUUCACUUAGUAUAAAGCAAGAAGGGCUCGUGUACUCCCGUCGUUGGUUUCAAAUCACUUGCACUUUUGAGAUUUCUGGGGAGGGUGUGGUUGCCGACGCCUUCAUCGAUGGAGUAAGGGUGCAGGAAGAACACCUCGGUAGAGUUGAUCUUGGUGUUCCAUACCUUGCUAACAAUAUUAACGUUACUCUCGGUCAAGAUAAUGAUUAUACAUAUUAUAUAAAAUACGCCUUCGGAUUCAGUAAUCUGCUAGCAGUAGAUGGCAUCUUAAGCGAUGGGGAAAUCUUCAAUCUGUACGCUUGUGGAUCUAUAGAUUGGAAUCCGAGGGUCCGCAGCUUGGUUCACAAAACUACGGGAGUUAACCAAUCAGAUAUCGAGCUGAGAUGCACGGCCAGUGACGUCAACGGGCCGUCAGUCACGUGGCGCGUGUACCAAUCAAAAUGCAGGGCGUGGAAAGAUUUGAAGGAUGGAACGGGGUCUGGUGUACGUGUUAAUCAGACGAAUAUAUCGUCUUGUGUCCUGACGUCUACUGUGGUGAUUUCUGACUUUGAGGGGCUCGGGUUUGAAGGAGCCGUCAUCGUUUGUGCAGCUUCAAAUUCAUCAGCAAACGUAACAAUUAAAGGUAAAAAAAAGACAUCUGCGGAAACUACGACUCCAAUGUCAAGAACCUUUCCUGACGAAGGACAUCUCGACCUAGGAGAGGAGGAUGACUCGCCCUUCUCGUUUUUCGAUAGUAUUUCUAUUGAUGAUGAUAAUGAUAUAAUGUGCGGUGGAAAACGAGUAAUUGAAAAAGACAAUAAAGUGAUAAAAGUCGCGAAGUUAACUGCGGCUGAAGGUGAAUACAAUAAGGUUGGCACGGAGCUAGACGGUAUGGCGUUCUCAGUUCAGAUCCCUGGCUUUGGGUCAUCAAAUAUGUCUGUCAUUGCCGUAGUGAGUGUGUACACGCCAGACGCUAACUCACCGACACCAAAGUCCAACGGCAAACAAGUUCGGUUUGGCAGUCCAAUACUCGACAUCGAGGUGGUAACUGAAGAUGGAGAAAAGCUGACAAACUUCUCUUCUUCUCCGAUUAAACUUGCCUUUCCCCCUCCGGAGGUCCGGGAAAGAGAAUUCCACGUGUGUUCCUACCAGUCAUCAGAUGGCCCAUCUUGGUAUACGGACGGAUGUAUGGUCAAUACCCCAGAAUCAUCCGGAAGUGACGUCAUAUGUGUUUGUGAUCACCUGACCAGUUUUGCAGUCCUUAUGCAGCUGCACGAGGAUGGGAGUAGCAGUGAUGUCUUACUUGAUUUGCUCACGAAAGUUGGACUGUCCAUCUCGAUUGUUUGUUUGGCCAUUACUUUGUUCGUCUACGCAUUUUAUAGAAUGAACAACACGCGCUUUAUUACACACGCAAACCUGGCCUUUUCUUUGAUGACGUCACACAUCAUCUUCUUCUUCAUCGACACAAAAGAAAAGGUGAGACCUUAG